AUGAAUUCGGUCAUCCAGAAUGGUUUGGAUUUCCCACGUAUCGGCAACAAUGAGUCAUUCCAUUAUGCUAGGAGACAAUUUAAUUUAGCUGAUGAUGAACUUCUGAGGCAUAACGUCUCGGUCAAGCACCAUGCAUACAAAAUGAUUUGCUUCGAAGAGCUGGUGUCGGAAUGUUCGUAUUCAACUUUCCAUACAACGAAAAGCUUCACCGACUAUAAAGUUGGCGUGGAAAUGCCUGGAAUCUACAAAAUGGUGUUGAACAGUGAUGAGGAGCGAUUCGGUGGUCACAAUCGUCUGCAGCUCGGUUCCGUGCACCACACCUUCCCCGAAGGCUACAAUGGUCGCCGAAAUCACCUUUUGGUCUAUGCUCCAGCACGGACCUGCCUUGUUCUGAGACUCUGA